AUGGAAGAAGAAAAGGAUGUGCCUUUGAUCUUGGGAACUCCCUUCCUUAGUACAGUUGGCGCUUCAAUUGAUUUUCACAAGAAAGAGGUGAUUCUCCACAAAGUGAAUAGUUUGGUCUCAUAUCGCUUGCAGCCUAGAGGAUAUGAGUAUUGUGGCACAAUUGAAAGCACCCCACUAAGUUCCAAGAGUCAAGAAGUUGCCAAGGAUGUGAAGGAAAAUGUUGAAAAAGAGCCAAGGAUUGUGAAAAAUAAGGUUGAGAAAGGAUCAAGAAUUGAGAAACCAAGACUUGAGAGGCCACGACUUGAGAAACCAAGAUCUGAUAGGCCAAGAGCUGAUCGCCUUGUUCAAGCGCCAUGUGUCCUUGAUGAGGAGAGCCUUCAAGCUUUGUUUGAUGAGCCACUAAGAAGUGCUCAAAAAGAAGGGGAUGAUGCAGCCUCAAAGGCACUUGUGGCAGAAAAAAGAAAGGAUCCACCAGCUCAGGCUUCCUCAACCAAGUCAUCUCAGCUCACUAUGACCUUGUUUCCCACCAAGUUUGAAAAUGGGAAGAUUGUGUACAAGAUAAGGUACAAAGGGAGAUCAAGACCAUUCUCUAGAGCUAAAGCCUUGGUUACUUCUGAGCAAUCCAGGGAUCCAACCAAGUUAAAGGAGCUUCUAUCUCAAGUCCUCACUAUCACCCUUGAUGGUGGGACUAGCUCAACCAAUGCCUAA